CAACGUCAACAUAUCAUAAUGUCAACAACACGUGUGUGCGCGUUUCUGUUGUGAUGUGAUUAUAUUCGGUCGUUUCAUUAUUUUGUACUAUUCCAUUAGGCACAUAUUUAAUUACGUGUAGAAUUAUUUAAUUAAUUGUCUUGGGUUGGCGUGAUAUCCUAUCAAUCGUUAUGACUGGGACCCAAUUGUUUCAUAUUUUAUAAUUAAUUACAUAAGUGCAGCUGAGCUGUUAACUCCCUACUUUAAUGCAACUAUCUUGCUGCUCACACAACUCAGUUAUUUCAAAUGGAUGCUAACGAUGGUAAAGAGUUCGCCGAACUUGGCGUAAAAUCAUGGCUUAUCAAACAGCUUUACUCCUUAGGAAUAAGAACACCAACUCCGAUCCAAAAUGGGUGCAUAACAAAAAUACUUGGUGGUCAUGACUGCAUCGGAGCGGCCAAGACGGGGUCCGGUAAAACAUUUGCGUUUGCGUUACCCAUACUGCAGCAUUUAGCCGAAGAUCCUUACGGAAUAUUCGCAUUAGUACUUACUCCUACACAUGAGCUAGCAUAUCAAAUAGCAGACCAGUUCAGCAUCCUUGGCCAACCACUUAAACUACGAGUGUGCAUUGUCACUGGUGGGUCGGACCAGUUGGAGGAGUCUUUGAAAUUGGCUAAGAAGCCCCAUAUAGUAGUUGCGAUGCCUGGACGACUCGCAGACCAUAUAACGGGUUGCAACACAUUCUCGCUGAAGAAGAUUAAGUAUCUUGUCUUGGAUGAGGCUGACAGGCUUUUCAGCGAGUCUUUCCAAGAGGAUCUGGAGACGAUAUUCAACUCGUUGCCACAAAAAAGGCAGAACCUUUUAUUUUCAGCCACGAUCACGGAUGAUGUUAGGGAGUCCAAAUUGUUGCCUCUUAACAAGGACCAACUAUACACGUGGCAGGAUUCGGAUGAACAGCUGACCGUGUCAACACUUGACCAGCGUUACGUGGUGUGUCCGGCUUACGCUAGGGACGUGUACCUGGUGCAGACGCUGAGGAAGUACCGCGAGACCAAACCCAGCUCCCACGUCAUAAUCUUCACUGAUACCAAGAAGGAAUGCCAAGUCCUAUCGAUGAUGCUGAAUGCAAUAAAUAUGGACAACGUCUGCCUCCACGGCUACAUGAGGCAGAAGGAACGGCUCGCCGCCCUGACUCAGUUCAGGAGUAACCUGAAAUGCACCCUGGUGGCGACCAAUGUGGCCGCCAGGGGCUUGGACAUACCUACCGUGGAUUUGGUGGUCAACCACAAACUGCCUUUGGAGCCAAAGGAGUAUAUUCACAGAGUGGGAAGAACGGCCCGCGCCGGCAGAAGCGGGAUGGCGAUAUCUCUUAUCACACCUUACGACAUACUGAGGCUGGGUCAAAUCGAGGAACAGAUCAAGACUAAACUUGCUGAGUACAAAAUAGACGACGACGAAGCAGUGAAAGUAUUCACCACGGUCAGCGUGACGCGUCGCGAGCAAGAGGCCCAGCUGGACAACGAGGAGUUUGAGCGGAGGAAGAAGGAUUACCGCAUAAAGAGGUGGAUCCAGGCCGGGGUGGACCCUGACAUGAUGGAGGAAGGAUUCGAGGAAAUGCGACGUGAACGAAUAAAAGCCGCCAAGAAAGCUAAACUGGCGAAAAUAAAAGAGAUGCAAUCAUCUGGCCAAUGGAAAAACGAAAAGGGACAGAUAGAUAACCGCCUCCAACCGACAGAGAUGGAGCAUAUCGAUGCCUCUAUCAGGGAUGGGAUGAAGAAAGUGAAUAAACGUUUGAUGAAGAAAGAUGAUAGGUUUAAGAAUGUUAUAGGGAAAAUUUGUAAUAUUAAACGGAAAGCGGAGAAUGUGAAGGAAGUGAAAACAGAGAACCUGCCGAAGAAGAAGAAGAAAGUUGUUGGGAAUAAAUGAUAGUGCAAUAUUAUGUGUU